CUAGGCAGCCAUAUCAUCUACCAAAUGCUUUUGCGGAGAGCCUGUAGCCACGUCAUAUUUGAGUGCCUUGUAUCGGUUUCGUUUAUCACUACUGGCUUUAAUUAUACAUCACUGUUAUUUUAUUAAUUCUAUAAUUAUUUAUAAUAAUAACAAUUAACAAACGAGAUGAAUAUAUUUCGUUUACUCGGUGAUUUGUCCCAUUUACUAGCUAUUAUUAUUUUGCUCCUGAAGAUAUGGAACACAAGAAGUUGUGCCGGUAUAAGUGGAAAAUCACAAAUACUUUUUGCCAUUGUUUACACCUCCAGGUAUCUUGAUUUAGUUACAACAUAUAUAUCAGCGUAUAAUACUUUUAUGAAAGUGAUAUUUAUUGCUGCAUCAUAUGCUACGAUCUUCCUUAUGUAUGGCAAAUUCAAGGCAACAUAUGACCAUAAUCACGAUUCAUUCAGAAUUGAAUUUUUGCUUUUACCAACGUUGAUUCUCGCAGUGUUUAUAAAUCAUGAAUUUUCACCCUUAGAAAUUCUUUGGACAUUCAGUAUUUAUUUGGAAUCCGUUGCUAUUUUGCCGCAACUAUUUUUGGUAUCGAAAACUGGUGAGGCUGAAAGUAUUACCAGUCAUUAUCUAUUCGCAUUGGGUUCAUAUCGUGGUCUCUAUAUAUUCAAUUGGGUUUAUCGUUACUACGCUGAAAGUCACUAUGAUCUCAUUGCAAUUAUUGCUGGUGUCGUUCAAACUGUACUGUACUGUGACUUUUUUUAUCUUUACAUUACCAAAGUACUCAAAGGAAAAAAAUUACAGUUACCUGCUUAGCCAUUCAGUGAGUGAAUUCGAUCUUAUAUAUAGAAAUACAAAAAGUUUAAAUAUAAACAACAACAAAAAGUAAUAAUAAUAAUAAUGAUAAUAAUAUCAAUAAUAAUUAACAUUGAUAGUAAGUCAGUGUGUUUGGUAAAUCACGAUAAUAAUAAAACAAUCGGGUAAGCCAAGUUAAAUUAAGCUAAAUAUUUAAAUAGAAGAGGAUAAAACCCGUUAAUCAAAGAUGCUUGAGCGAGCGCACAAAAUAUUAUUUAAUAAUAAGUUUAUUACAAAAUAAAAAAAUUAAUUGGUUUCAUAUUUGAACGAAAUUAUUUCUCAUGUCAUUUAAAUUACUUGUAAAAAAAUUUACAGACUUGAGAAAUAUAUAAAAUAAAAUGAAAAAAUAAAUCAUUUGUUAUUUUUUCAUUUACUUUUGUAAUAUUUCUCGCUCAUUUUAAUUUUUUCAUAUACAUUUUUAUAACUUACUUCUACUCCUCUUCAUUUUUAAAAUUAAAUUUAUAAAUACAACUUUAUUUUAUUUUUUUUUAUUGUAAAUAACGAGGCUACAAUAAUUUUACGAUUAAAAUUAAUAAAUAUAAAUCAAUUGUAAUAAUUCGCUUGAAUCGUAAAUGCCUCUAGAGGGUUAAUAAACCAUAUAUAUGAAUGUAAACUUAAUUAUUAAUUAAUUAAUAUACACGAGAAUUGUAAACGAACACAUAAAUUAAUAUUUAUGUGAGCUCGUAUUAUUAUUAAGUUGUUAUAAUAGAAUUUUUAUUAAUUAAAUAAUGACUACUUAUAAUAAUAAUUAUAAUAAAAAAAAACUCUAUAAACAAAAUAUUUAUUACCACGUUUUUAUUAACUCGCUUUCAUGUCUGUUGGGGUGGAAUUUUGUAAUUGACUUUAAAGUAACUUCUGAUGAGCUAGAGACUUGAAAUUUUGAGCAUAGCUCAGAAUUAGAUGACAAUGCAAAAAAAUGAAAAAAAAAGAAGAAAGAUUGCGGGCAAUGUACGACUUAAAUUUCGGCCCGGGACAGUGCAACAUUGACUCGCUUUCGUAUUCGUUUGUUUGUCUGCUCGGUACAAAUUUUUAUAAUUAAUUCAAAACUGACUUCUGGGUGAGUUUUAUUUUUGAAUGCAGCUCACAAGUAGAUGACAGAUAAACAAACAGAAUACAUCGAUUUUUUUAUUAGUUUCCAACAGAUUAUUGAAUAAUUGAGCGUAUAAAUAAAAAAACUAUAUAUGACAUGUAUGUAUAACAUACAAUUAUAUUUAAACAUUAAAAAUAUUCUGCUUCUAUAGAAAAUAAUUUGUCGUGCUUAAAAAUGUACGUAUACUGGCUGUUUAUAAGGUUCAAAUGUUAUUUAUUAUUAAGUUAAUAAUAUUUUUUUAUUUAAUUUUAUAUAUUACAGUUGUAAAAUUUUUUAUCAAGUCUUUAAAAUCGAUUGCGAUAUUUCACAUACAAAAUACUAAAAAGCAGAAAAUAGUUAUUGAAAUAAAAAAAAAAUUUUUAAUGUACCAGGUUUUUAAAACGGACUAAAUAUAUAAAAUAAUUUCUCUGAGCCUCGUGAAGAUUUAAAACCACAUACAGAAUCCGAACUUCUUACAGAUAGUCUAGAAAAUUUGUGAUUGUGAAUUUUUGAAAGCUAUGAAAAUACUUGUAAGACUUGAAACGAAAAACGUGCGGCGCAUGCAACAGAUAAUUGAUGCAGUAAUAGUUCAACUAACAAUUUUAUCGCACUGCAAAUGAUAUGAACCGACGUGUAAGUUUUCUCAGUGAUAAGUCGUCUCUACACUUCUUACAGUUAUGUAUUGCAUGCACCCACGUUUUUCGCUUGAAAUCUUACAAGUAUUUUCAUAGCUAUUAAAAAUUCACAAUCAUAAAUUUUCAAGACUAUCUGUAAAAAGUUUGGAAUUUGUAUGUGGUUUUAAAUCUUCAUGAGGCCCAGAGAAAUUAUUUUAUACUUUCUAGUCCGUUUUAAAAACUUGGUAUAUUAGAAAUCUUUUUUUAUUUCAAUAAUUAUUUUACAUUAACUACAACGAGAUAGAACAUAUUUAGGUAAAUCUGUAAUAUGAACAGACUCAGCUAAUGUUGUUAAUUGAUUCCACACUUUAAUUAUACCAUUUUCCAGACUUUUAUCAUCAACAGUAACAACUAAAGGCACUUGAAAACUUUCAAUACCUUUUAAACUUGUCGAAACUAUUGUUUCAACACCUUUUGACUUUAACAAAUUAUUUAAAUACAACAUAAAUCGUCUUUUUUU